GUAAAACUCCAGACCCUUUGGUUUUGGUUUACCACUGCUGAAUUAUUAUUUGCCCUCAUCUUCAAAACUUUCUGGGAGCGCCUCUGCCCCCUUAUAAAGUCGUUUAUUCCGACGUCCACACCGGCCACAGAAAAUGAAAAACCAGCAAAUAAUCUAAUUUUAAAACAUUUCAACUGAGUCAAAAGCGCCGCUUCAGAUUGAAUGUUCAUUCACGAACCCAUCUGUGCAGGACAGAAACGGGCGCUGAUGAAAUAACCUUUCUGUGCUCCUGGAAAAUGAUCGCCUUCCUCAGGAGGCAGCAGCAGCAGCAGGACCUUAAAGUAAUAAAUUUGCAGCGCAAUAAGUGACCCUCCUCCUGUGAUCGCCUGCGGCGGCCACAGAUAGGAUGCUGCAUCCCAUCUCCCAUUCAUCCCUUCAUCAUGCUGCCUGGCACGGCUCAGUCUGGCUGGGAUGCUGCUGCAAAGCGGGCAGCUUCAUGAACGCUCCUCAGUUUGUAACAAAGAGCUGGGAAGCGGCGUCCGUCGGUCAGCCAGCGGUGACUCAUUGCGCACGGUCAGUCGGUCCACUCCGGGCUCGGAUUUGGCGCUGCUCGGCCGCGGAAGAUCAAUACCUCUGAGACUGGAGGAAGGCGUGGCUUGGUGUCACCGACACUGGGGUGAAUUUUCCAUAUUCAUUCCCGGGGUUUUGCUUCAUCUCACCAACAGCGGCGCGCAAACGGCACCCGAUCGCACGGGACAUCAAGGGAGCUGCAUAAAGGUUCUGUCUGCCCACAUUUUUGGAGUACAACAAUAUCUGAAGAUCCAAACUGUGAAUUCGGAAUGGGAACUAAUCCUAAAAGGACAGUGACAGUCCAGAUGGUGCCUCAGCUGGCUGUGGCAGACCCACUGGCCAACAAGGAGUCUAACGCCAACUGGGGUGACGAGUCGCACCUCAAACUCUCUCAGGUUUGUCCAAACGCCGCCCUCACAUCUUCUAAGCAGCAGGAUAACCCGCCUGUGUCAGGUGCCACUGCCAACCCUGUCCCACACAUCCAUAAAUCCUCGUCAAAUAAGGGCGGUGAAGCAGUUAGCAGUGCGGUGGCAGACAUGCCUGCAGGCAGCAAUGGGAAGCAGACACAAUCUGAACCCGGGACAGCUGGUGAGCAGCACUCUGCUAACCUGUCAUUAACAGGUCAAGCUGGAAGCGAGACAAAAACUGACCACAGAGACUCGAAUGCUAACAUAAAAACGUCUCAUGGAAAGGAUACGUGUGCCGCUGGUUUACCGACUGCAACCGCAGCAUCAAAGAUCGACGCACGCAUUGCAAAAGAGACGAGUCCUUCAGAGGCAGCGCCUGUCCAGAUGGCACCUUCAACCAAACCCACAGCACAAGAGACCAGUGAUAAAAAUACAAAUAAAAAUCUCUGCAGCACCAGUCAGUCACAAAAAGCAGUGCCUUCACCUCAACAGGAUGUUAAGGCUCCACAAAACAAAUCUACCACAUCAUUACAGAAAAUCCAAGAACCAGAUAACUCACGAAAACCUGAGCACAGGAUGGAAACUGUUACCUAUACUAAGCCUCCACCAGCAGGUAAAGGAGCAGAAACCCACACUACAGUUACAAAUAUAUGUUCAUCACAUUCAGAGAGGGAUUUCCCAGUAGUAAAGGCAACACAGGUCUCCUCCAAUAAACAUCACCCUGAAUCUUCACAGAAGGAUUCAUCUGGUGUGCCCCAGGCUGCAAAAAGCAAGCCAACGUGUGGGCAGGUGUCUGAGGAAACCAGCCAAACUGACACAGCUGUCUGCACAGGAGAGCAGCUCAGCACACAGUUCAAGGAGGCCUCCACUAUGACCUCAUUCGCUUCGACCGCCAAGCAGUGUCAUGAUAUGGAGGUCCAGGCCGUAGCAGAGACUUCCAGUAAAGCUGUGGGUACAAGUCCGAGUCUGCUGCCCUUCGCUGGCAGUGGAGUCCCCAGGGAAGAGGCGCACAGUCUAGCUGUUGUUUUCCCAGUUAAUGAAGCCGUGGGUUCCUAUCAGAUCUACACAACUUCCCUCUCCACCUCAGAGAGACUCACCGUCGAGGCGGAGAUGUGUCCCAAUCAAGCUGCAGGUUUGUGCUCAACAACUGUGGCCCAAAAGCUUGACUCCAGGUUAGGAGCCAAGCCCAAGGAACCUGGAUCAGCUCUGAGCAGCAUUCAGCCAGUUUAUCAAAUCAACAUCGAACACAGCAACAAGAAGGACACAGUGGCAAGUGGAGUUGAAAUAUCCUCCACCGCUAAAGCUCCCUCCCCAGAGACAGCCAGCGCUUCUGCUGACAGAAACAAUGCUGUGUUUUCUCAGGGUCCGCCAGCCACCACAACGACCGCUAACGCAGCAUCAAAGUCGGAAACAAAUUCGGCCGAGCAGGGGAUAAAGCCAGAGAAGAACGACGAAGAGGACGAUCAGUCGGGGAUGCAGAAGGAUAAGAGCGUCCACGACGUUGUCUGGGACGAACAGGGGAUGACGUGGGAGGUCUAUGGGGCGUCUGUGGACCCGGAGUCGCUUGGUUUUGCCAUUCAGAGCCACCUGCAGUGCAAAAUCAGGGAGCAGGAGAGGAAACUGAUUGCUCAGACUUCCUUCCGAAAAUCCAUCUCCGGCGUUGAUUCGCCGCAGCGUGGGAAAAAGAACAAAAGGAGGCAGCAGAACAUUUUCAGGUCAAUGCUGCAAAAUGUCAGGCGGCCCAACUGCUGCGUGCGUCCCCCUCCCUCCGCCGUCCUCGACUAGCCCUGCACCCCCCAUGGUGGCCAGUGUGAGACUCCUUUCUUUUUCUGGAGGUCACGGUGUUUGUCCUCCAUUUGUCAGAACUGCGAUGCCAAGUGAAACAUUAAUGGGUCGCCGAUCCUUAUAUGUGAGUAUACUGGAAUGUUGUAGCAUAAAAAAGAGUCCGAAUAUUUGUGACAUUUGUGAACAAACAACGUAGGAUAUAGAAUCAUAAAAUAAACACCUAUUUUCUAGAAAUAGAAUGUAAGAAGAGAGAAAACACUUUUUAAAAGCUAUAGUUAAAGGCAUGUAUCUUAGCUUCAAAUGCUUUAUGUCUUAAAGUUCACUCCAAUCAUAAAGUAUCAUCUACCGUCAGAGAACAUUUGUGCAAAUAUAUUGAGCUGAUAUCUCCUUUGUUGGACUUGGUAAAUGUUUUCAAGGUGUGUGGGAGAUUUUGUGACAUGCAUUCAUGUAUUUUUCACCUGUGGUGGCAAAAAAGGAAAGCACUGUAUACACACAUAAACGUUAUGUUUAAUCUCUGUUGUUCCUUGGAUUUCUAUUAAAAUAAUCUAAAACUAA